GAACGUGAAGUGCGCGUGAACAGAACAGGCAAACCCAAGCAGCAGCACACAGAUACACGCAUCCGACAGAUACAAAAAAAAGAAAAACAACAGCAACAACUAGCUGAAAUACGCAGAUACUCGUACGCAAUAACAACAAACAGCGAAUUGCAGCUGCAAACUGGAAUUUUGUGUUAAGUGAACAAAAAGCAAAAAACAAAUUCAAGAAACUCGAAGCUACGAAAAAACAAAGUUGCAACAAUUUGAAAACAAAUUAAAUUAAAAAACAAAAACAACAGCAAAACUUUCGAAACACGAGCCGAUAGCAAAGUAGCUCAGCGACAGCUGCUUUGUUCAUGUUGUUCUUGUUGUUGUUGUAAUUGUGAGAUGGAUUUUUUGCGCAAAUUGUGAAAAUCUGACAAAUAGCUUCAGCUGCCGCCCCGCCCUGUCCCGCCCCGCCUCCAGUGAAAAUCGUCGAGCAAAGCAGAUACGAGAGACAAGCAAAAAAGAAAAAGCUAAAGCGAAAGCGAACAAGUGCAAUUUCUAUUUUCGCGAAAAGAAAACAACAAAGAUAUAUAUACAUACAUAUAUCUUUCGAAAAAAAUCUACAUAUAUAUAUAUAGUAAAAAUUUCGAGCGACAACGACUGAAAUUGCAUUCGCAAUUCCGCGCAGGAAGUUCCAUAAACAAAACGCAAAUAAAAGAAAUUCAUAAACAAAUUACAAAUAAGCACGUAUAUAUUAUACAUAUAUCUAUAAAGAUAUAUCGAAACGGAUAUUGUCGGCGCCUUACAACUGCGAGCAGCUUUAGCAAAUUUUGGAUUAACUUUUAACUAGCUCACUGCUUCACGAUGCAAUUGGAGGCCAGUUACCCGAAAUAUGCCGGACGCGUGCCGCCAUUGGAUCUGUCCCAGGUCAACGCCGGCCAAGAUCAGUUGCAGCAGCUGUGGGCGAACAGCAAGCGUCAUCAUCCCUACCUACAAAUGUUGGACAAGACUUUGCUCAGGUCCGAUGACAUCAAUAACAAUAACAACAGCAGCAGCAACAACAAUAACAACAACAACAACAACAGCAGCAGCAACAAUAACAACAACAGCAGCGGCAUUCAACAUCAAAAGAACAGCCUGCCUUAUCCCAUGGGCUCCGAUGGUUUGCCAUUGGAUCCGCGUGAUUGGACACGUGCCGAUGUGUGGAAAUGGCUGAUCAAUAUGACCGUAUCGGAGGGACUCGAAGUAACGCCCGAGCUGCCGCAGAAGUUCCCAAUGAACGGCAAAGCCCUCUGCCUGAUGAGCAUGGAUAUGUAUCUGUGUCGUGUGCCCGUCGGCGGCAAGAUGCUCUAUCGUGAUUUCCGUGUGCGUCUCGCACGCGCCAUGGCGUUGCUCUCCUAAAAAAAAGAAUCCCACACUGAAUACCCAAGCGAAAUACCCUAAGGUUGUAAAUAUACCUAGUAUAUAUAGCAUACAUAUACAUAAAUAUACAGAUAUAUAUAUAUAGAGUUACCUAGUCUUAAGCCGUAGCCCUAAAUGCAUUUGCUUAAUCGCUUAAGUGGUCGAAGUAUGCCCCGCCAGUGCCCAGGCUCUAUCUCUUAUUAGCCAGUGGCUCGGCUGCGGGGCCUACUUCAAAUGCUGUCCUAUUAGUCAUCUAAGUAUUUGCAUCUAAUGAAAAUAUAAAAUGAAAUUUUAUGAAAAAUCAAAUGAAA